AUGGUCAACGUCCUCCUCUCAGCAGCGACUCUGCUCGCCAUCGCCCACGCCGCCCCCUCCGGCUCCGGAAGCAGCAGCAGCAGCAGCGUCCAAAAGAACCAAGUCCUCGCUACCUUCGACGACCUGACCGCCGUACCAGGCGCCUCCGAACUCAGCCCAAUCAACACCUACAAAGGCCUCAAUUACAACUCCUUCGACGUCCUCCAAGCCGGUGUCGCCGGCCUCGCCACAGGUGUGACUCCUCAGUCCAGCCCUAACACCGCUGUCAAUGCCUUGACAAACGACCUCACGACCGGCGGUCCCUCUCUCACCACAGCCACCGUCAAGGCCUUCGAUCUCCAGUACCUCUACUUCGGCUGCGUCGCCAUGUCCCUCGAGACCGUGGCCAGUGUACCGCUCGAGUGCACCGUCGCUUUCACAGCAUACAAGGUCGGCAGCGAUGUACCCUUCGCGACCGUCAACCAGCAAUUCAACCCUACCAAUGCUGUCAUCUCCAAAAUGUCCAAGGCCGAUUUCGGUGGACAGUAUCUGUCCGAGUUCUCUGGCCUGGAUCGUGUGGAUAUCUCUGUUGUGCAAUCCGCUGGCACGUCGACCCUGACAGCACUGUUGAUUGACAACGUUGCGUACGCUACCUACAACUACUAG